AUAUUAUAACAAACAAAUUUAGUGAACACAGGAACUUCAAAAAUAAAUAUUUGCGGAAAAUUCAAAAUAAGGAAGAUGUUUCACCAAUGAAUCUUUAAAUAAAAAAUAUUGUGUGUGGUAAACAUGUCCUCUGAAAGCAUAGAUGCAAGACAGACAGUUCUUGACAAGUUGUCACGAUGUCAGCUGGACAUUGGAAGCAUCUCUUCAGCGGUCCUGUCUAGAGAAGGGCUGAUGGACGUCUUGCUGGCAUUUUAUGAAGAAUGUUGCAGAUAUGACCUCCAGAAUAACUCCUACGUGUCAGCCUUUGUUAAAAAAUACAGUGCCACUAUAUCAGAGCUACGAAAAUUACGGCUGCGUGCUUCGGACUUCGAGGUCAAGGAUGUGAUUGGUCGGGGUCAUUUUGGUGAUGUACAAGUGGUCCGGGACAAACACUGCGGUACCGUGUAUGCCAUGAAAACACUAAGGAAGCAUGACACGCUGAUGAAGUCUGAGGUUUCGUUUUAUGAGGAGGAGAGAGACAUAAUGGCAAAAGCCACCAGUCCAUGGAUAACCAAACUGCACUUUGCAUUCCAGGACACCCAGGCCCUGUACCUGAUCAUGGAGUUCCACGCAGGGGGCGACCUUCUGUCCCUCCUUUCUCGCCAUGACGACAUCUUUGAGGAGAAAAUGGCGCGCUUCUACCUGGCUGAGAUCACACUGGCUGUUAAUGACCUUCACCUCAUGGGAUAUGUGCACAGGGAUAUAAAACCAGAGAACGUCCUCAUUGACUGCACGGGCCACAUCAAGCUGGCGGACUUUGGCUCAGCCGCCAAACUCUCAGCGGACGGAUUGGUGAGUUCCCAGAUGCCCGUGGGUACCCCAGACUAUGUGUCACCUGAACUCCUGGAUGCGAUCAACUAUGACAGCGUGAACACGUACGGACGAGAAGUAGACUGGUGGUCCCUGGGCGUUUGUAUGUACGAGAUGCUGCAUGGACGGACACCCUUCACGGAUGAGGCUGGAUCCAUGGUGACCACGUAUUCCAACAUCAUGAACUACAAGUCCAGUUUACAAUUCCCCAACACACCGUUCAUAUCUACUGAAGCCAUAGACCUGAUCAAGAGUCUACUCCGGGAAACCAAGCUCCGCCUUGACUACAGCGGCAUCAGGAAGCAUGCGUUCUUCAGACAGACUCAGUGGGAGAAAAUGAGGAGCGAGACGCCCCCAUUUGUGCCCCAGCUAGAUGGCCUAGACGACACAUCCAACUUUGAAGAGUUCGAGAAGAUCAAGACUCCGCUGGUGUUUGAGGAGGACAAUGACGCCAAGUUCUCUGGCAAAGACCUGCCCUUUGUUGGCUUCACAUACAGCCAGCCAAUAGCCCAGGCUAACUGUCCAGACAAAAGAGUAUCUGAGGUGAAGGUGUGCAAGAAUGUGCGCCAGUCCCUGGAUGUGGGCGACGUGAACCAGUCUAUCCGCGAGCUGCACAGGCUACGAGAGAAGUGUCGCAGUCUGGAGGAGUCAGAAUGUGCGCUCAAGGCCACUGUGGAACAUCUCAAGUUUGAGCUGUCCGACCGCGAGGACAUGGUGGACCGGCUGGGACGGGAGAGUCAGACAUACCAGCUAGACUUGGAGACAUACAUCGCCAAGUGUAACCGUCUGGACAAGCAGAUAGCGGCCAUGUUGGAGGAGAGGGCCACUAUGGAGGUGAUGCAGAUGGAAUUCAAAUGCAUGAGCAGGGAGACCGAACUCCUUGAGACGGAACUGCACACAAUCAAGGUGGAGGAACUGGAGGAGGUCAUCAAUCAGCUACAGGAGGAGAAGGGGGGACUGCUGCGUAAGCUCUCCCAGCGAGACAAGCAGGUCGCCACAUACAAGGAGCAGCUUGAGUCCGUACAGAAACAGGCCGCAACACUGCAGUUCAGAAUUGAUAAGGAGCGUCGUAAGUCCACAGACUACCAGCGUAGAGACCUGGCCUUGCUGGAGAGUCAGGGGGAGAAAUGGAGGGCAGAGAUGGAGGACAAGGUGGCAGAGAUUGCUGAACUAGCCAAGAGGGUCAAUGAGCUGGAGGAUCUUUUGGAGGCGUAUGAAGGCCAGGAGAAGGAGUUCAUACAGAGAGAGCAGGAAUUGACCCGGCAGCUGGCACAGUGUAGUGUGGCACCCUUCCCAGAAAACCUGGACAUUAGAGUCCAUGUGCGUGCCUCCUCCUCCCCACAGAAGGACAGGAGAAUGUCCGACAAGAUCAGGGACCUAGAAUGUGAUGUGGAGAGGCUUGAGAAGGAGAAAGAAGUCUGGGACGACAAGGAACAUGAGUACACUGACACCAUACAGAGGUUAAAGGGGGAGCUUGAUGCCCAGGUUGAGAGAGCGCGGGUCGGAAGUGAGGUCAGGGAGAUGAUGGCGGCCCAGGUCCAUCAGUAUCAGCAGGACGUCCUGUCACAGAGGCAGGUCAUACAGGAGUUGAAGGAGAGUGUAGCCGUCUGCCUGUCAGAGAACACAGAAGAGAAGACACAGAGGCAGGACAAACUGGCAACUCAGAUCAAGGAGCUUGAAGAGCAGAUAGAUAGUUACCGUGACAAUAAGCGUCGUCUACUGGCCGAGGUCAAUCAGUGCAGGGAAGAGGUCAACGACCAGAAGUUCAAGGUCACAGAGCUUGAGAGGACAACCUCUCGCCAGUCAUGCAAGAUCGAACGUCUGGAACGACAGUUAGAGAAGGCGAGAGAGAAAGAGAUCAACCUGAGACUGAACAGGAGAGAACUCUCGGAUAUCAGGAUCAAGUUGGCAGAAGAAAGAGUAGCCGAUGUAGAAAAAGAAAAAAUCAAACUAGACCACCACCUAAAAGAAGUCACAAAGGAGCUCAAUGAACUCAGAGACAAACAGAUGGACCUCUCAGACAAAGCUCAGAGUACCACUAGUAAAGUCAUGGUUGAAAACUUUGAGCUGAAAACUAAACUUGAUGAUAUGAACCGGAGUGUAGAGAAAAUGGAGAAGCAAAUAACCAAAUGUGAGAGAAACAUUACUGAUCUAGAGGAAGAUGUUGCUCAUAAGAAUAAGGAAUUGGGUAAUUUGAAAAAUGUCCGCACAGAAAAACUUGAGUUAGAAAAGAAGAUCAUGGAUCUUGAGUUUGAAUUGAAACAAAAAGAAAAAAAAAUUAAGGAAAGUUCAGAGAAAGAUCUUGUUGUUAGUAAACUAGAGCGCGAAAAGGAGAACUUGGAAACAAAGAUGAAAUCUAUAGAGAAAGAGUUGGAGGAGAUGAAAUGUCGGGAGAAGAGCGUGACAACACGGCGAUCAAGGCUGGAGGAUGUGGAAGAUCUGAAACAAGAGAAGAGGUUUCUUGAGUCGAGAGUGUCCAGUCUUCAGCGCCAGGUGGAGGAGGGAGACAGAAAGAAAGGCGAUCUAGAGAAACAGCUGAGUGAGGCAGCUAAUGUGGCAGAGAAACUCAAAGUUGUUAGUGAGGAGCUGUGUGAAAUGAAGAAGGAAAACACGCGGCUCCAGGACAGUCUGCAGUCAGAGAGAGCGGACACUGAGAGGAGACUGAAGUCUCAGUCCAACAGGACACACGACCUGCAGGUGGCUGAGGAAAACCUAGAAAAGGAGCGCCAGAAGAAUGAUGUGCUGCGCGCCGCUCUGCGCAAGGAGCUCCACGACUCGAACCUGUCGCUGAGCGAGGCCCGCGCGUUGCUGUCGGCGACGCAGAGACAGGAGAAGGCAACUAAGGAGAGACUGGAGGGGGAAGUGCGUGAACUGAAACAGCGGAUAUUUGUAUUGGAGAAGGAGAAGGGAGAUGUAGAAGAAAAGACCAACAAAUCUAAGGAGGAGGAGGCGGUGUCUGCCAGGAUUGCCUCACAGUGUGCAGAGCUGGAGAAGCAGGUGCGAGAGGGGGACGAGAGAUUGGCGGGCCUGCAGAGGGAGAAGGCGGCCGGUCUCAUGGAGAGGCAGCUACUGAGGGACAGCCUGGCCCAGGCAGAAAACAAGUACACGCUGGAGGCUCAGAAAGUAGAGAAGUACAAGGCUAUCUGCCUGGAGAUGGAGUCCCAGAUCAGAGAUCUUGAGUGUCUCAUCUCUGAACACGAGGGUCGCGAGGCAGAGUGGGGCAGGGAGCGAGUCACAUACGAGAGGGCCAUGGAGGAGCGGGAGAACGACCUAGAGGGGGCACAACAGAGGCUUAAUGUCCUCACUCAGUUCAGGCAGACCUCUGCAGACAUGGCCCAGACAGUGAAGGAGCAGUUACAGGAGGCCCACAAGAAACACAAAGCAGACAUCGAAACUCUCAACUCCCAGAUAGCCCAGAUCCGCAAGGACACUGAAAGGCAGGCACUGCUGAUCACUGAGCUGGAGAAUCAGAACAAGAAGCUGCACAUGAUCGUGGACCAGCAGAAGGUUGUCAUGGACACAGGGGAGGAGGAGAAACGUAGGCUGAAGGAGGAGAUCAGCAAGGUGUUGACUGAGAACCAGGAAGUGAAGAGGAGCAACCUGAAACUAAGACAGAACUUGGAGGAGGCUGUAGACAAGCUGGAGCUGAUCUUUGGAGAGAAGAUAGACCUUGAGAACUUCACUGAGGCUUUGCAGGGGCUGCACUUUCUGGAGAAGUACCGGUUUGAGAGCACAAUAGACCAGCAGAUGAAGCUGAUAGACUACCUGCAGGCUCUCUGGCAGGAUAGUGUGGAGAAAAAGAAGAAAAAGACCCCAGUGCGAGAGGCCAGCAUGAGGGGAGGCAAGUUCUUCAGCAAGGGAGGUAAGGAGACUCUUGGCACGCUGCCAGUGAUGGGGGACAUGCAGACUGCGCUGGAGAACGAGGCCAAGAAGUCCCGACAGCUCCAGGAGCAACUGGACAGGCUGCGCAGUGAGAACUAUGCACAGGCUAGCGAACUGUUAAAGCUAAAGGGAGCCCUACGAGAGAAAUCAAUAGCUGAGAACGUCUGCAUGACUCCCAACAUCAAGGCAGCAGUUUCAGUCCGUAUCACGUCGGUAGACAACCCGCCCCUGCUUACCCCUAGCCUGCGCAAGUCAGACAACCCUCCCCUGCUCACCCCGAGCCUGCGCAAGUCUUCCCGUGCCCUAGCAAUGCCGCCCCCAGUGUCAACCCCACACCGGAUACAGCACAAGAUCCCACACCGGUUUGUGUCCGGGCUGAACACUCGGGCCACCAAGUGUGGUGUGUGUCUGGGGAGUGUGCCCUUCGUGAACCAGGCGGCCAAAUGUCAGGAGUGCCAUAUGGUGUGCCAUGUGAAGUGUUCUACAGUAGCCCAGGAGACGUGUGGUAUCCCCACAGAGUACAUGCGCCACUUUAGCGCAAUAAAUGGCUCAGGGGCGGCGCCAGAUCGUCAUGGCGUCAGUGACGGCUCCUCUGCCAUUGGCUCUGCCAAGGAGGGGGUACAUCUUGCAGGCUGGCUGAAAGUGCCCAAGAGCAGCAAGCAGCCCGGCUGGGAGAAGCGUUGGGUGAAGCUGGAGAACAACAUCCUGUUUCUGUAUCAUGAGGAGACGGACGCAAGCCCUACAGACACCUUGGACCUGGCACCGUUGGAGACCGAUGUUACUGUACACAGCGCCAUCAGCACUGCUGAGCUGCCGAGUCUUGCGCAGACUGACCUACCAUAUGUGUUCCGUAUAGAGCACGAACCUCUCACCACGUGCUGGCCCGGAAGGGUGGUGUACCUGAUGGCGCCUGGGUUCCCAGAGAAGCAGCGUUGGGUAGCCAGUCUGGAGGCCACCAUCAAACAGCUGCAGAGGGGCGACACUGUCAGACGAGCUAAGCUGGAGUCCAUGUGCCUGCUGGACCUUACUGGAGACCAGAGGCUGGAGCUCAACUGUUCCCUGCUGCUCAGCAAACAGCUGACCCUGGUGGGUGCAGACGAGGGUCUGUUUGCGGUGAACGUGACGAGAGAGCCCCCCGUCCUGACCAAGCUUAACACCUUUGACAGUGUCCACGACCUCAAGUUUGUACCGGAACUCAGCCUCAUAGUCCUGAUAGCAGGCAAAGAGAGGAAGUUACUGACAAUAGACAAGAAGUUGAUUCAACUGCGACUGGGGCAAUCCAAUGGUGAGGAGACGCUGCCUGUACAUCACACUGUGCUUGACAACAUUGUGGGCUGUACUGUGUUUGACAUCGGCAUGUCUGGGGAUGCUAUCUACCUCAUAGUGGGACUCACUGAGAAAGUCCUUGUCAUGAAGUACAACCCUGACCUGCGACAGUUCUGUGUGAGAAAGGAGCUGAGUGUGGACGAGCCGUGUAGCUGUGUAUGUCUGGUGGACGGGUUUGCUGUGGUGGGGACAGACAGGUUCUACAAGAUAGCUCUGGAGCACCCAUCCCUCACAGAGUUUGUUGACAAAAAGGACACUUCUCUGGCGUUUGCUGCAUUUGGGGCCGCCAACCACCACAGUUACCCUCUUGCCAUCGUGCGAGUCUCGCCUGACGGCCUCCCACUGGAGUUCCUGCUGUGUUUCCAUGAGUUUGGGGUAUACGUUGAUAACAAGGGCAGAAGGAGCCGGCCAGCUGACCUCAAGUGGAGUUGUCUGCCCCUGUCACUUGCUUACAAGGAGCCAUUCCUGUAUGUGACCUACUUCACCAGCGUGCAGGCCAUCACAGUCCCUGCCAGUAAGCAGGAGAUCAGAGGCAAGCAGACAUCACUGGACCUGACAGCGCCACGUUACCUGGGGGCAGCCCUGGAGCCUGGCACAGUGUUUGUGGCGUCAAGUAGCGGGGUCUCCACCCAGCUCCUGUCUAUUAAGGGCAAGGACCGCACCAGCUACGAGCCUGCUUUAGGCAAGGAGAAUAGACCUGGUGGCCGUUCUACGACAAAGGGAGACAAGCUCACCCAAAGUCCGUCCAAGCCCCAUGCGUACAAGGUGAACAAAUACAAGUCAUCUGGGCGAGCUUGCCAACGCCUCUCCCUGACCUCCAUAGACAGCAACAGCAGUGUAUCAUCAACAUCCACUGUGUCCAGUCACAGCAGCCAACAGACUGACAUAUGAGCUGUGUUGUUGUAAAAACUUGGCAUAAUGCAUGUGCGUAAAGUGUCCGUAAAAGUCCGUAAAGUGUCCGCACAGGCUAACCAGGGACGACACUUUCCGCCUUAGCAUGAUUUUCAGUAAGAAGGGACUAAUUUGAAACUUAAAAUACCAUAAAAGCGGAAAGUGUCGUCCCUGAUUAGCCUGUGCGAACUGCACAGGCUAAUCUGAGACGACACUUUACGCACAUGCAUUAUGCCCAGUUUUCUCAGAACGCGACUCAUAUGAGCUGUGUUGUUGUAGAAAAUGGGCUUCAUACAUGUGCAUAAAGUGUAGACCCGAAUUAGCCUGUGCAGGCUAAUUACAGACGACACUAUCUGCUUAAACUGGAUAUUUGCUGAGAUGAGACUUCAUUUAAACAAAAGAUUCCAUAGAAGCGAGAAGUGUCGUCCCAAUCUGAGAUGGCUCAUUAGGCACAUGCAUAAUGCUCAGUUUCACAGAACCAGGCUAAUAGAAAGCUAUAAGCUGCAGGGUGUGACCUUUUAGAAGUAGGAAACUUUACGGCAUAUAAAGCUCUUCUUUGUAAAACGUUACAUUUUGGCGUGUGAUUUCUUAUCUACAUGAACAACUUGCAUGAAGCGAGCUCAGAUCAAAAUGCCAUAAAGCCUCAAUCUAAUCAGACUAAUGAUAUACAUUGUAUUGCUUCUCUUCUAGUGAUAUGGUCUUAUGCCUCUUGAAUAAAGCGAUUACACUACAUUUUUUACAUGUUAAUUUUAAAUUCUUUUUUCACACCAAGAAUCUUAAAACAUGAACAUUUAAAUGUAUUUAUAACAAAAAGAAUAGUGCUUAGUGAAAACAAUGUUUUUCCUUUAUAAAAACUGACGUCCUGUAAGUCUGAUUUUAAUUAUUUAUUUUUUCUUUACGAUACUAUAAAGGCAUGUGUUGUUCUUGCAUGCUUGAUAGCUUCAUUUCUGAUUAGCUAUGGUUCCCAUGUUCUUUUCAACAACAUACUACGUGAUUUUGAGUGAAUUAGUAUAUUGACCAGUUUACCCAUUUAUCUGGAGAAAAAAAGCUGCAUCUGAAGCCUUUUCUGCAGGUUCUAUAUAUCUUAAUAGAUAUUGUCAGGGACCUUGAAAAUUGUUAUUGGAAAGUUUACUUUAAAGUUCAUAUCGUAAAUGUUUGAUGAUUUUCUUCCAAUUUUUUUUUACAAAACAUUUUAUUUGCACCUAUUUUCAAAUGCCUUUUUAUUGCUUGAAUGCUAGAUGGUGUAUACUGAAUGCUAGAUGGUGUAUACAAAUUGAUAUGAUUUAUGUUGUGUUGUUGUAAGGCUUCAAAAAGAUCGUCAAAAUGAUUGAUGACCCAUCAUGGAUUGUAAACAAACCAGUUGCAAGGUUUUGAAGGGGCAUUUUGUUACAUUGCAAUACAAAAUAACUACUUGUGUUAAGUUUUGUCCAUUAAUGUUGUUUUAGGCAGAUGUCAACUGUGGGUUGUUUUAGUUGUAAAUUUGUAUGCUCCAAUAUUUAAAUACAUGUGUUCAAUGAUUGUAUUCAAUUAUAAUGUACUAUUCUCCAUUUAAGAUGUUUUAAAUUCUUAAAUACUGUAAGUUAGAAUUUGCCAUGUAAAGUUUAUGUAAAUAUUUGUGUUUUAAUGUGAUGUUUAUUUUGUCCUUAAUUUAUAUCUUAGCUUAGAGUUGACUAACGUGGUGUCUUCCUGUCGUAAAAUACAUUUUCUCAAGUACAAGGUUCCAAAGUUAAUAGCCAGCUUUUGAAUGUUUAAAGCAGCCAUAAAAACAGUACUUCACCAAUUGCUUAGAAACAUUAAUGAUUAAAGAUGAAAUAGUA